AUGGUUUUGGUUGACAUGUUAACUGAACCUGGUAAAGCAUGGCAGUACUGUCCGAGGGAUGUGCUUCGUAGAUUUUCAACAAUUUUAGAAGAUGAAUUUGGCUUGGUCAUGAAUGUAGGGAUUGAAGUUGAAUUUUACCUUUUGAAGAGUGUAAUAAAGGAUGGAAAAGAAACAUGGGCCGCAAUUGACAGGUCCUCUUACUGCUCUACAGCAGCAAUAGAUGUUGCAUCAUCAGUUCUUGAAGAGGUUUUCGUUUCAUUGCAGUCCUUGAAUAUUAUUGUCGAGCAGCUACAUUCAGAAGCUGGGAAAGGCCAGUUCGAAAUUGUCCUGGAAUACACAGAUUGUCAUAGAGCAGCUAAUAACUUAAUAAUUACACAUGAAAUCAUCAAAGGAAUUGCAAGGAAACAUGGGCUGCUAGCAAGUUUUAUGCCAAGGUAUUAUUACGAUAAUGUCUAUCCCUGGUAUGAUGAAUAUUCAAAAGACGAUGUUGGCUCUGGAUCACAUUUGCACAUCAGUUUGUCUAAGAAUGGGGAAAACGUUUCUAUGGCAUCUAUUGAACCAAAUCGGUAUGGGAUGACCAAGAUUGGAGAAUCGUUCAUGGCUGGGGUGUUAGAUCAUCUUCGUUCCAUAUGUUUAUUUACAAUGCCUAUUGAAAACAGAUUUAUCUGA